AUGGAACCCGAAACGCUGGAGCAGAUGCAGACGCGCCACCGCAAGGAGCAGCGCGACCUCGUGGGCCGGAUCACGAGCAAGAAGAAGAACGCGACCAAGAAGACGCGCAAGGGCGUGAACGAUGAGUGCGCUGAGCUGGAGAGGCAGUUGAAGGCGAAGCAUGAGGAGGAGGUGGCUGGGCUGUCUGGCGGUGGUGUCGCCGAGGAGGUUCAAGACGACGGCGACGACGAGACUGCCGAGGUUGUGGAGAAGUUGAAGGAUACCACCAUUUCCGAAUCCGAAACGCCGGUAGAAGAAGAGAGGGAAGAGACACAGGCACAAGGGCAAGGCCAAGGGAAGAAGCGCAACAGACAAAAAGAACGCCUGGCGCGGCGGGCGGCCGAGGUCGAGGCCGCGGCGGAGAAGGCGCAGGAGGAGGCGAGUAAUAUGACGGACCACCGGGGUAUCGAGAAGACGUACAUGCUCAAGGAGUUCAAGGCCAACGGGCUCGAGGAGAAGGAGAUUGCGCCGGACGGGCAUUGUUUGUUUUCUGCUGUGGCGGAUCAGUUACGGCAGCAGGGUAUUCCGCUCUCCGCUAGCGCUGAGGAAGCGAGUGGUGGCGGCGACCCGACGCAGAAGCUCCCGUAUAGGGUUGUGAGGAGGGCGGCGGCGGAGUACAUGGUGUCCCACCCGGACGACUUUGCGCCGUUUCUGGAGGAAGGGUUGGAGGGGUACGUGAGGCGGAUCCGGGACACGGCGGAGUGGGGUGGGCAGCUUGAGCUUGCGGCGCUGGCGAGCGUGUACGGGGUUGAGAUUCGGGUUGUGCAGGAUGGGAGGACGGAGAGGAUUGGGCCGGCGGCGAGUGGUGGUGAGAGCGAGGAGAAGAAGGAGAUUUGGUUGGCGUAUUAUCGGCAUGGGUACGGGCUUGGUGAGCAUUAUAAUUCCUUGCGAAAGACGACGGCGUGA